GUUAUGUUUUGAUUGUUAUCACUUUUUCAAAAUAUUAAAUGUCAUUUGGGCUUAGGAAUAAUAUAGUAAAAAAAACUAGUUACUUUUUAGUUAUUCUAGUUACUAGUUAACUUGAUUUUCUGAUAGUGUAAUAAAUUCGUUGCUUUGUAGAUAGUUUUUGAAAUGAAUCCAAAAUAUUGCUGACUGACAAUUUUAUUAUUGAAUUUAUUUAAAAAAAGAAUAGUUGUUUAUUGACGGUUUUGGACUUAAAGUUGGUCUGAUUUGAAAUUAACUUAGACUUUUUUAAUUUUUAAGUUACUGUUUUCUUUUAGAAAUACAAUUUUUAAAUAUAAACUUGAAAUUUUGAUACUUUUACUGAUAGAAAUUGAUGAAAUUAAUUUUACGAUGUCGGAAGGCACUUUUACAAGAGAAGUUGAAUUAAAUUCUCUUGGAUUGACUCUCAAACUACGACAACAUUUUGUAGGAGAUGUAAGUUGUGUGGUAUGGGACGCCUCUAUUGUUCUGGCAAAAUAUUUAGAGAGACUCUACAGUGAACAAAAAAAGAAGUUUUCCCAACUCAAUAUCCUGGAGCUUGGAGCUGGUUUAGGAUGUGUCGGCUUAACUGCAGCUUGUCUAGGAGCAAAUGUGACAGUGACUGAUUUACCAGAAGUUUUGCCAGCAUUGCUCUCAAAUAUUGAGGAUAAUAAAAGUAUUUGGAAGAAGAACGGGGGGAAAAUUAAAGCCAAGCCCAUUGAUUGGUCCUCAAGUUGUCUCUAGAGGAUGGGACAUGCCUGAUCUGAUAGUGUUGGCAGAUUGUGUUUACUAUCCAGAG